AUGAAUUUUAAACUUCUGCGGUGUGAUGAAAACUUAAAAAGAAUUAAAAUCAAGUUUUCCGCUUUUAUGACAAAUGUUCAACAUGUUUUUGUUUAUAUCAUUAUUAAAGCAGAAUAUGAUGGCAGAUUGAUUUUAAUUGAUUUUAAGCUUUUUUCGUGCAUUUAUUGUUUGAAAUCUGUUACUAUAGCACAUCACGAUGGUCUUUUACAAGUAAGCUGCGCUCUGUUUGAAUUGAAUGGAAAGAAGUAA